CUCCUCUCCUCACAUUAACACUCAUCCAAAAAUCAAUAUCCAACACCAACAACAAUAAGAACUCAAGAACAAUCUCCUCGUCGCUUGAUAAAUACCACAUUGUCCAAUCAACCUACGUAGCUCCUGAUCAAUACACACAACAACAUUACAAUGGUGAAACAAGAACUCAAGAUCAAAAAGGAAAUGUCUUUGUCUUCACCAUCUCAAUCUUCACCUUCUUCGUCUUCUCCUAAGAUCAAGAAGAAUAAGAUUAAGAAGUAUAAAGGAGUGAGGAUGAGAAGUUGGGGAUCAUGGGUGUCUGAGAUUAGAGCACCAAAUAAAAAGACAAGGAUUUGGUUGGGCUCUUACUCAACAGCUGAAGCAGCAGCUAGAGCUUAUGAUGUUGCACUCUUAUGUCUCAAAGGUCCUCAGGCCAAUCUCAACUUCCCUAGUUCUGCUUCUUCUCAUCCUCUAUUAGAUGAAAUGACCAUUUUGUCCCCUAAAUCCAUCCAAAAAAUUGCCGCUCAAGCUGCAAACAAUUCAUCUGAUCUUUUUGCCCUUUCUUCAUCAGCAGCCUCGUCACCGUCCGAUCAUGAUCAUCAUCCUGAUGAUGACGGCAUGCAAUCUUUGAUAGGGUCUUUCGUGGACAAUCAUGUGUCUUUGAUGAAUCCAUCAUCAUCGUGGUAUGAUAAUGAACAUAACGGGAUGUUCUUCUUCGACGAUGGAGCUCCGUUUAAUUACUCUCCUCUAUUGAACUCGACGACGAAUAUGGUCGAUGCGUACUUCUACGAAGAUGCUGAUAUUCCACUUUGGAGUUUCAGUUGAUCCGACGGUCCAGAAUACAUACUUUACAAUUUUUAUCAUUUAUAAAUUCUCUUUAUAUAUUAGUUAAUAUACAUUUAACAAAAAGUUAUGUUAACUACUCGUAAUUAUACUUCUUUUUUUUAGUUAGUCGUAAUUAUACUUUUCAAGCUGUUUGUUUCUUGGAGAGAAUGGACGACGAAUAUGAUAACUUACUGUAAUAAAGUUGAAACUAUUAUAUGUCAAUACUGCAAUACGUUUGGGAGUAAAAGAGGUGGGUGGUCUAGAAAGAUCACAUGAAAAAAAAGAAGAAGCAAUACGUUCGAAGAAGCUUUUUUCUUCUUUUUCAAAGAAAAAAAAGAAGAAGAAGCCUUUUUCUCAUUUCUUUGACUUCUUCAUGUGACUUUUCCUUUUAGUUAAGUUUUAUUAAUGUAAAGCGUGUUGUAUCAUAUAAAGUUUAUAUUUUUUUUGUUAAAAAAAAAACAAUUUAUUUA